GCAGCAGCUCCGCCCAAAUUUCGGAUAUGUCCAUGAUCAGUACAGACGUCUAGCUCAGUCGAGGUCGUCGUUGAGUCUUUGGCUUGCCUGCUCUGCAGCGGUGCAGCGGUGCAGAGCAAGGUCACUUUCUGUCUAGCGACGAGGGCGCUGGCCAGACUCCAGACUGCGCAGAAUCCCCUCGAUUCUAUAACAACAACAACAAAAACAAAAACAAAGACUCGAGGAUCACAAGAAAGUAGAGACGGCAAAAGUUAUGCAAGGCACAAGUUCGCGCUCAUAUAUUGUAACAAAAGGAGAGGGAGAUGCCGAGGCAGGCGAGCUUCUUCGCGGUGGUGGACCCCAAUACCAACCGUAGCCGAGGGCCACUUUCACCAUGCUAGGCAUCCUUGUGAUGCGACUUCUUCAAAGGUCGUAUCGGCACAACUGUUGUGACGGUAGCACGCACCGCAACGUCAGCUCCCAAUGACAGUUGUAAGGCAGUCAGAGGCACCCUCCUACGUGUGCGGAGGAGGAUCCCCGUCACCAAUGAUGCAAACACGUUCACCAUCGGACGAUGUUUAUUUACGGAAACAGUACCAUGCUGCUUCCUUUACCCGCCUGAAACAACAACCUCGACAUGCUCGAAGAGGACACGUUUUGUCCGUAAGCUCAAGAUCCGAGUUUCUCGGCGCGUCAAUUAGAUGGAGGGAAGCUAUAUGCAUUCUACAAACAUUCUAAGCGCACAUGUAUGCUGUAUCAUGCUGUAGCUCUCGCUAACCCGCCCACGAGCGAGUCGAUCUAACAACCCGCAUCUUUCCGUGUGACAGAGCGCAUGCAAAUAUCUACUGAGGAGGUUAGGGAGUAAAAGUAGAAGACAGAGGUUAAGAUGGCACCUGGUACCACAACCCGAUAGUGUUAUAAUUAUUCGGGAAAGCCUCU